AUGGGCAUGGAAUCACAUUGCAUUGCAGCAUUGUGCGCUUUGGUAACUCAUCUUUUGGUUGCAUCAUUUGUUCAAUCAGCAGCAGAUUCAGUAACCUUUAGCAUUACAAACUAUGGUUUGAAAGGGACCGAGGACGAAGAUAUCACUAAGAACAUAAGGUUCAACUUCAUCACAAACGGACUGGUACAAGACAUAACAUCUCUGAACAGCAAACUCUUCCACAUCAAUGUUCUUGGAUGCAACAAUUUAACAUUCAGCAGAGUGAAUAUAAAAGCCCCAGAAGAUAGCCCUAACACCGACGGAAUCCACAUUGGACGGUCUAAAAAUAUAAACAUUACAGACUCGGUAAUGUCCACUGGCGAUGAUUGCAUCUCUAUGGGACGUGGAAGCGAGAAUAUCGCGAUAGAGCGUGUGAAAUGCGGGCCUGGUCAUGGGAUUAGCGUUGGAAGCCUUGGGAGAUACACGAAAGAAGAGCCUGUUUCCGGUAUCAUUGUCAGAAACUGUACCUUCUUCAACACGGAUAACGGCGUGAGAGUUAAAACAUGGAUGAGUUCGGAAAAAGCAAUAGCCACUGGUCUAUAUUUUCAAGACAUUGCAGUGGUUAACGUGAGCAACCCUAUUGUGAUUGAUCAAGAGUAUUGCCCUUACAACCACUGUAAAGCCAAGAAACCUUCGCAAGUGAAGUUAAGUAAUAUCAGCUUUAGAAACAUACAUGGGACAUCAUCCACACAAAUGGCUAUGAAACUGGCUUGUAGCAGUGGAGUUCCAUGCGAAAACGUCGAGAUUUCCGACAUUGAUAUCAAGUACACAGGAUCUGAUGGUGAUUUUGGAAAACAGUACCCAUCUCCUUGUGUUGCCGCCAAUUCAUCUAGUUGA